UUAUCAAAUUUAAAUGAAGUCAUAUACAAACACAUUGAAGACAUAAUCGAUGCCCGCAAACGUUUAGGUCAUUACAACGUAGACAAACAAUCGAACCUGAUAAAUUAUCGGUACGUUUACUCAACAUCCAUCGGUGCGAACGAACGUUUCGUCAGAUUCAACGACAGCACCGUGUUAAACGAGGCCGACAGUUCGAACGGUUCGACAAUAAAACACACGGAUUCCGAAAUCACCGUCGUACGGAUACGCAGGGACAAUUCGAUGAAGAAAAAUCAGAUUGACUUUGAGAAAUGGGACAUGGAAGAUGUGGCCAUCCCCGGCGACGGUACGCAUUUGGGGGAGAGUCCCUCUUUAGUGAAUCUGGCCACUUUGGUCGGGCAGAAUAUUUACAACGAAGGGGACGAGUAUUUAGUACCCCUGUCGUCUUGGGACCCACAAAUAAAAAUGGAAAAGUCGGCUUCCAGACAGAAGUAUUUGGUCGAUUCGAGCGUUUCUGAUGAUACUGACAGUAAAGAGGAUGAUAGAGAGAGCGUCGCUGAAAAUAAGGGUAUUGAGGACCGGCCUUCAACUGAACACGACUUAAAUUUAUCCGGUAUUAUCACAAGGCGUUCCAGCUUGGCGGGAAGGAUUUCAAAAUUCAUCCGUAGACGCCUCAAACAAAAGUCCCUGUCAGAGGAGGGGGAGAAGAUGUAAGGUUAUGUCUAAAUGUCACAGUAUCUAAUAUUUAAAUUUAGUUAAAAAAGCUAAAUAACUACCUAUAAUAAAAUUAAUUGGAACACAACAAUGUAGUUAUAUAUUAUGUACCCCACUGAACAACAAGUUCCUGAAGACACUGAAUUGGAAAGUAAAUAACCACUUAUCUCAUAUCUGUUUCAUUUAGACUAGAAAUAUUGAACGCAUUGUCACCAUACUUAAGUAAACAUUAGAGGACAACACAAAAAUGUCUGACCACACAGAAUGGCGCAAGAACAGAGUCUACCACAAUGAGGGAACGACAAUGCUGGAAAUUGUCGAAAUUUUAAUCCCAGCCUUCUACUACACGGUAACGGCCACCGUCAUUGAUUCACUUGCACUGCAAACCCGUAAAAAACAGGGCUCAACUCGCAUUUACAUUAUUGAGUUUGCCAUUAUUGUCCUGCAAAUUAUUUUCAGCAUGACAGUACUCGAACAGUACAUUUCAAUAGCUCUAUUACUGUCUGGUUUGACCAUGUUCGGUUUUCUGUUGAUGGUAAACAUUUUACCAGAGCAAAACAAGAAACCACCUGAACAGGCCAAAAUAAAAAACUUCAUUACAAACGCCAGAUCCACAAUUAACUUGAUGUCUGUCAUAGCCAUUUUGGCUGUUGAUUUUAAAAUAUUCCCUCUAAGAUUCGCCAAGACUGAGACUGUUGGAGUGAGCCUCAUGGAUGUUGGAGCUGCUCUCUAUGUCUAUUCGAACGGGAUCGUCGCUCCGGAAGUCAAAAAUAAACUGGAACCCAUACAAGAUUCGUUCAAAAAUUCCUUACCACUUUUUGUCAUGGGUUUCGGUAGAUUCUUUCUAGUCAAACAGACUGAUUACCAUGUCCCCGCAAUGGAAUACGGCACUCACUGGAAUUUCUUCGUGACUUUGGGUGUUGUAAAACUGUUUGGGUCGAUGGUUUUAAAGUAUUGUCAAAACGGCGCCCUUUUCGCGGCCAUAACCGUCGUGACUUUGCACGAGUUUUGCUUACAAUCUGGUUUAAAUCAGUUCAUUUUCUCAGACAUUCCAAGGACCACAUUCCUGGCUGCCAACAGAGAAGGCAUCUAUUCGUCAUUCGGAUACUUAGCAAUCUAUCUAUUUUCUGUUCAUUUUGGUAAAAUUUUAUUAAACAAUGACAAGUUUAACACAUUGAAGAAAAUCUUUUUAUUUACAUUAAUUACGUUUAUUCUGACUAUUUCUCUAAGUGUUUCAACAGACAUAUCUAGAAGGACUGCGAACGCAGCCUUCUGUUUCUGGAUCCUUUUCUUGGGCUCAUUCAUGACUGGCUUAUUUUUCAUAUAUGAACUUUAUCAGGAGCGGUAUUUAUGUAACAGACUGACUAAUCUUGUGUACACUCCAUUUAUUUACAAGGCAAUCAAUGAUAACGCACUGGUAUUUUUUUUAAUUGCCAAUAUUCUGACAGGUUUAAUUAAUAUGUGUGUUGAUACAAUGUCACUAAACAGUCUAAUUGGCCUGCUGAUUGUUUCAGGCUAUAUGGCUGUAAAUUGCUUAAUAGUUUGUGUGCUGAGUCAUAAAAAAAUAUCAGUAUUAAAAAUAAUCAAACUUAAAUAAACCAAAUUAUUAUAUAUGUUAAUUUAAGAGAAACAAUAUAAUCUAUUGUAGAA